CAUACGCCACUGUAUAGUCGACCGCUACACUCCGGCACGACCCUAUACCGAAUAUGGACCAAUCUCGAAUUUCGUCGCCGGGCGCCAAAUUGAGAAGGUGUAAACUUACUACUCUGAAAAUGCUUAAUUUUAGCAUAGCGUGUGCCAUGUAGGGGGGCUUUCGUGCGUGUGUACCGGGAACGCAUCCGCUCGGGCGAGUGCGAAAAGUGCAACGCGGCCGAGCUCCGGUGUUAAUGACAACAAACAAGUUCAUUAAUGUUGCCGGAACAAAGCUUCCCUGUUGCAGAAAUUAUGCAAACAGAGGACAUCGGCAAUAGUAAGUCACUGGAUAACGACCUGUCUUUGAACACUUCUGCAGAAAUUGCUAUGACUGUGAAAGAAGAGCCCUGUGACAAGGCCGCUCCAGUUUCACCACCCAGCAGAUCCUCGUCUCAAGAGCCCAGUGCAGCUGACAGAGAUGAUACUGGGAGUCAAAAUUCAGUUCUUGUAUCCACAUCUACUUGUUUGCCCAAUCCCGGAGAAAGAGGCAGAGGAAGGGGACGACGCAGAUCUCGCUGGAAGCUCAAAUUCCAUCACCAGGCUCUUCCACCAGAAUAUCUGGACCACUAUGAAGCUGCAAUGGCUCAGCAGGAUGCAGCUGCUGCAAAAUCUGCCCAGAGCAAGCAGCAACGUCCAGUUCCUCCCCUUGUCCCACGCCGCCCCCCUGUCAUCAAGCGGGAACCUGAGGGUCAGUGUACAUCGACUUCCCCACUGACUGCUGCAGCUACUGCAAUUGAAAGACUGCAUAUAGUAGCAGCACCUAGUGAUAUAUCUGGCAAAACCUAUAUGGAUUUUCAACAUAGAACUGAAGACAGUGUAAUUACUGAAACAUCUCCUAGAUUUGCAAGACAUAAUGUCAACAGAAACAGUGAAAGGUGUGUUCCACCAAAAGGACUUUUGGGAAGCCUUUUAGCAAACACUGAUAGUUGCCUCCUUGCAGAUACAGGAAUCAACAAAUCAUCUUGUGAGAGUGACCACAGAAGAUCAUCAGUCAUCAUAUCAUCUGUAUCAAGUGGAACUGAUGUGAACAGCAACAGCUGCUUAAACCAUUCUACAGCAUCAAGUGGAAAUGUAUGUUCUAACACUGCAAAUAAGGUAAUGAACUAUCAGGACCUGCCAUAUAUGGGAGAAAUAACUCUUGACAACAUGAAGCCACGGAGAGGAAGAAAACCAAAGAAAGCUGACAUAUGCCAUUUAAUUUACAAGAAUUAUGGCACUGUUUUUCCUGGCAUGACUGCAAAGGCUGUUGCAGAUACUACUGAAGAGUGGCAUGGAAGACAAUUAAAUCAGCCUGAACCAGUCAUAUGUAACACAUCCACUGAUGUCACAGCUGGUACCAGUGUUGCACAUGACUCAUCAUUUUUAAGGGCUAAGAAUGGAAUUCUUGAAUCUUUUAAGGCCAAUGUACCACUCAAUCACAGUGAUGUUCAGAACAGGAUUAUCAGCAGUUUACUGGAAAAGCGACUGACAGCUGUGUCACAUGACCCUAAUCGAGGAACUACAGUAAGUGCAGAUUAUUUACGUAAUGUUGGUAAAGUGGAAUCUCGAGUUGACACAGAGAAUUGGGACAAAGCCCAAGGGACUUCAGUAUUAGGUGAGGAUGAGGAACCACUGAAUCUUUGCAUGAAAGACUUGAAUCAGCUAAAAAUUAGACUGUUAAGGAAACAUGACAAUUUUUAUGAGUCAAGAACCAGUGAAGCUACCACAGUAAAAAGUGAACCCCCAUCACCGAGUGAGGCGGACCACACAGAAGAAAGUGAAUCUCUGCUUGAUGACUUUCCCAGUGAGUGUGUGAUUGCAAAUAGUGAGCCCAAAGUCAUGCUUUCUGCAACACCGGAUAAUGAAGGUGUACAAGAAGGUUUAAGUAUGUUUCCUCCUUCAGUGUGUCCAAAUCCGUCCUCAGUGUCAGUAUUUCCAUUUGAUCCUAACAGUGCUGUCAUUCCACCUAUGCCUUCUGGAUAUGUGUACUGGCCAAGUACAGGAGUCUUUGUGCAUCCAAUGGCUCUUCAAUCACAACUUCUAUAUUACCAGAAGUUAGGCGCAAUACCCAUAGUGCCUAUUGCUCCAGAGCAGAGUCAAGGGUUCGUCCAAUCACCUUUGCCAUCAGUAAACAUUUUGCCACAGGUCACUGCAACACCAUCUCCUACCCAAACAAAUCCUACCAAAAUUGUUCCUGGGAAAGACCCUAAGUCAACACACAGUAAAACUGUGAUUCCUAAAGCAUUUUCAAUGAUGGUAGAAGCCAAUCAUAAAAAUUCUACUAAUUCCACACCCACAUUGUCUGAAACCAGUUUUACUAGGAUGAAGCGACUGGCACCAUUGGGCAACCCUCCAGCCUCUGGAGCUCCAACAAAAAAGAAACGCUCUGCAAUUUUCAUUCCACCCAUGCCAAGUGAAAAUAGUACUAACCCCACAACUGAAGUCAGCAUAUGCAAAUUCAAGUUUACAGGAGGGGCUAAACCAAGCCUUCAAGAAAAGAAAAUGCUUUCUGUAGAUUCUGGAGGUAAUUUUCGUUACUACAGUGGAACAGGUGAUAAAUCUAUGAGAGGGUAUGAAUUCUUUCCAAGAGAAUCACUUCAACAAUCAAGUGCAGCAUCAUCAUCGUCUCCAUCUGAGAAUUUUCUUACAGCUGCUUCAACCAUGAGUGGAGGUGACAGAAAUAUCCCUGUGAAAGAUAAUCACACGCAAGGAAUUUUUCCACUAGACAGUUCAAGAACUCAUGUUCAGCAAUUUCCAGUGUCUAAUGAUAUGCUAACAAGAGAACUGCAGAAUGCUAAUGUACUGAAUAGGACUUCUGAACAAAGUGGGGCUCAUUUCAGUACUGCACACAGCACUGAUCAUAUCUUCAGGCCUGCAGAUGUCGGUGAGGAAAAUUCUUCACAAUAUCAUUUAUCACGUCGCAAACGGAAAACGAGAAAGUCUUUGGCUCGAGAAAAGUUGGAGCAGACAUUUAAGGAAAAAGGAUUUCUUAUACAGACUCAACAGUUGGAAUCUGCAGAAGGAGCCACCUACUGCAAAUUCAGGCAGUUGAGAAAAUUCACUCGUUACCUUUUUCGCUCAUGGAAAGAUUAUUUACCAGGUAAUGUUCGUGAGAUGUCCAUUGCAGCAGGUGUAUCAGGAGUUGAUGGUUCCCCACAUCAGAGUCCUGAAGGAGCAGUAUCAGAAGGAGAACUGUCUUCUAGUAGUCGUUCCUCACCAGCUACACAAGACCCUCCUGAACAGCCUCCAGUUGACUAAUUUUCUGCUCAUGAAUCAUGUAAAUCUGUAUAUAAAUUUAUUCAGAUUUUUGUAAAUAUGUAAAACUUCAUAAACAUUUGGAACACUUAUUGAUAUCAUGUCAUUUCAGCUCGUAGGCAACAAAAAACUGAAUUUACUGUAUUUCAUCUCUUCUCAUCUUUAUCUGUGUUGUUGAAGAGUUAUAUUUUAUUUUUGUGAGUCAUUGUCCAUUGUUUUGUUUUUUCAGUGAAGCUGUUUAGUUCCUUGUCUACAAUCUGAAGAACUGUUGUUACAUUUGUAACUGAGAUUAGUUAAGUUGGGCACUUUAAUAUAUGAUUCAGAAACACGAGUAACUUAAAAUGCUGCUGUAUAAAAUGUGACGUGUGGAGCAAUAACAGAAAACAAAAAUAUGGCCUGUACACUGUUCACUAGCCUUAUGGAUAAUAUCAAUUCAUUUACACUAUUGUGUUAAUUUAAGAAGGCAACAAUUGUAAAAUUAAUUAAUUUUUCAUGUUAAAAGAAAUCUAUUUAUUAUUGUUCUGUAAAAUAGAUAAACAAAGUAUUACACAAUUAUGAAAAAGGCUGUGAAAUUUAUUGCCAUGUAAACUGUCUACAGCUCUUUCUCUUAGAAUGUAGUCAGUUAAUGUGUUUAAAACAAUUAUUUCAUAGUGACUGAGUAACAGAAACAGCUUUUCUUUCUUUACCAUGUCAGAAUAUUAAUUUUUAAUCAGUUACAUAGGUUUUUUAAAAUUUGUAAUGCUUAGUUCAGAUUGUUGCAAUUACCGCCUUUUUCUUCCAGAGUCAUCACUCAUGUUCAUGUGUGUUUCCUUACAAGUAGGAAAGUGGUCUGUUUUGCUUGUUUUUGUAAUAGUAUGUUUGUGGACUUCAUUAAGUUACAGUGAUUGCAUUUGGUUUCAGUCUUAACGAUUGUGUGUGCCCUGAUUAGAGAGGCUAAGUGAAUGUCUCCUUAAUUUUGAUCUCCAACUGCAUUUCAAGAUUGUUUCUAGGUUCAAGAGCUUUAAAUGGUAGACACACGAUAAAGUGUCAUGUAAAUAUGUUAUACCAAAGACCAUAAAAUUUAAUUUUUAUGAUUUCAAAUGUUAAUGUUGAAAUAUAAAUCAAUAACACAUACUUAUGCUUCUCCAUUCUUUUGUUUGGGUGGACAUCUUUACAUGGACAUAAUCCAUAACAAACUAUUACACAUGAACCAUAUAAUGGGAAAAAUUUCUAGAAGUUAUCAUACUCGUAGUUAUGUAAUAUUGAUGAAUAAACAGCUGUCAUCAUUGUAUAUACUAUCAGACUGCACAGUAAUAUGACAUAGCAAAAAUUUGACAUGGCAGGUUCUCAGAAUAGAAUAUUUCACCUGUAAUGCAGUUUACAGUAAUGGAAAUUACAAAAUGUGGUGAAUAGACAAUACAUUAUAGCACAGAAAAGCACACAUGCAUGUAACUGUGGCAACACUGUUGAGGCUGCAGAGUGUGUGUGUGUGUGUGUGUGUGUGUGUGUGUGUGUGUGUGUGUGUGUGUGUGUGUGCUGUUAUGUUUAGCAGCUUUCUGCCCUCAUUUCCCAAAAUAAUUCAACAUUUAAUAAAAAUAUGUUUAAUGUUUUAACACCUUUUAUGAGCCUAAAGUGUAAGAGAAUAUUGUGAUCAUAUGGAACAGAUGUAUGUGAGGUCAUUGUCACAAACCAUUUGUAUCACUGUCACUAUUACUAUCUUUUAAAAUCAUAUUUUGUACACAAUCAGUUGUUACUUCAAUACUCAUUUGACCAAACAGAGUAAAUGUGUAAAUGCAUGAAAACACAAGUAGUCAAAUAAAUUUUAGUAGGCUGGGCCCAACUUAAUUACAGUGCAGUAAUUUAUGGCACAUUUUUAAUGUUUGAACAUAUAUAUAAAGUGAAAUAACUAUUUGAAAUUAGAAGUGCCUCUGUAGCUUUACAAUGCAGUACUGUACCAUACUCAAGUGACUUUCCUUGGGAUGCAUUCUCUGGCUCCUUACUUGACUAAAUCAGCUCAAAAGGGUUAAUAAUUAAAACUUAUAGCCUAUUCACAACUAGUAUAUGUUGCUUCUUAUGGCUGCAAGGCAUAAUUGCACUUAAUCGUAAUAAAUGUUGCUGUGUUUGUAGAUUAUAUCAUAAAACAAUCUUUCAGGAGAUCUUUUCAGAAAUGAAUUACAAAUUGCAUAUCAGUACAUGAAAGUUACAAGUAAGUUUUUACAAUAUUAUAUUUAUAUAUCACCUCUGUGGCACAGUGAGAUAAAUCCACCCUUACUUAUAGGAAAGUGACUUACAAUCAAUAUUUUGCUCUACGGUCUCAAUAAACAGAUCAAUUCUUGCAGUUAAGAUGUUGCAUUUAGUUAAGUUGUGCUUGUCAGUUUUGUCACAGUGAUUUACAGCUACAAGAAUACGACUAUCACUACUAAAUGUUUCAAGUUGUUUAUCCAUAUCAGCCAUUUAUUACAAGGAUAUAAUCAUUACAUAUCAAUCUGUUCAAGCUCACUUACAUAAGAUUGCAUUUAUUGUCUGUUACUUUCAUGAUGCUGUUGUAGAAAGCUUUUAUUUUGACCUCUUUGUAUCAUUAGUUGUACGUGCACAAUUCAGUUGCGUGAACUGGAAGUCAAUAAUAAGAAUAUGUUUGCCCAUUCUAUUAUUUAAAAGUAUGAAUUUGUAUUAUAUACCUUCCUGUCUUGGAAUUUCAAAUCUAAUAGAUCAUAUCCCUCUUUUUGGAUCAUUGACCAUUGCUAUCUUUGCCUAUGUUGAAGAGAUAUCUUGAGACACAUCAUGUGCAUCUUUGCUUUAUAUGUUUCCUAAUCUACCAAUCAUAACUGUCUUAGGAAAGACUGAAACUGUACCUCCAAUCUGUACUUCAUGUUUUAUUUAUUAUGUGUAUGUUAUGCCCUGCACCCUUUUUUGUAUGUUUAGAAAAACAGUUAAGUCUUUUAUACUAUUUUGCCAGUGUGACGAAGUCACUAAUUUAUAUAAGUUACAGAUAACUACCCACAAAAACAAAAAACGGUACUUCUAUGUACAUUACAGAUUUUGCUGUUCCUGGGAGUCAGUUGUCUUCACAAAUCACACAAACUGUGUGAGUAAGUCUAAGAAAUUUAAGGGUCCAAUAAAUAUAAUGCCUUAGUCCAGUCAGUUGGGGAUGUGAAUUAGUCCAUUCGGUUGGAGAUGCAACAUACCAGAACACAAAUGAUAAUAUAUUCCCACUCAUGGUACUUAAGUCACAUUGUACUAUGAUCAUUCUAAAACAGAGUAUUUUUGAGAUUUUAAAUAUUAUCUUUAUGCAUCAUUGUUGUUGUUGUUGUUGUUGUUCUUGUUGUCUUCAGUCCAAAGGCUGAUCUGAUGUAGCUCUCCUUGUUUUAGUCAAACUGUGCCAUAAAACUCUUUUCUCAUCAGUUUUAUUAAGUUUUUUUCAUUAACUGUCUGAUCUUCAGUAUUCCUCUGUAAUACCAAAUUUUAAAAGUUUCCUUGCCUUUUGUUUGUACUGUUUAUUGUCCUCAUUUUACUUUUAAUCAUAAGAGGUGAAAUACUACCUAUGUUAGCAUGAAUGCCACAUUCUUCAUAUCUCCAGGUGUAACAUAGACCAGUAGCCUCCCUACCACAUAACCGUACUGUACUAAGUAACUUAAGACAAACAUGUUUGGGACUGAAGAAUAAGCAGCUGACAGAGAAUUAAUUUUUCUGCUAUUCAGGAAACUAACAGUAUUAGAGGAAGAGCAGAAAUGGAUCAUAUCUAACCUCCUUUUGUUGUUAAUUCCAAAAAGUGAAAAAACAGCCCUGAAAAAUUAUAAGCUCCAAACAAUAAAAACAGGAGUUCUUAUAGAGAACAAGAAAAAUGUUAAAACUGUGCAAUGCCAUAUGUGUUCUUACCAUUGUGACUAUACAGGAAGGAAGCACAUAAAGAAUUUAGUUUCAACAAUAUUAGCAAGACGGUAGAUUGUGACCUGACUCCAAAGACCUGUUGAGUUAGAGACAGGAACAACGACAAGACUGUUACACAUUCUAGUUUUCAGCAAAAGUCUUCUUCAGUAAAGAAAACACACCCACAUUCUUACAAGCAAGCAAACAUCAAGCACACAGUUCGCUACUGCCGGCACAUCCGACCAGAGGACCAUCUCCAGUCAGAGCUGCUGGUGGUAGCAGUCAUGUGUGCAUGAGAUUGUUUGCUUAUGUGAAUGUAUGUGUUUUCUUUGCUGAUGAAGGCUUUGGCCAAAAGCUAUAAUGUGUAACUAUCUUUUCAUUGUGCAUGUCUGCAACUCAAUGAAUUAUCUUUACGAUGAGAAGCAACGUAAGCUUUUGCUAAUAUUGUUGAUGUUCCAGCCUAGAGUUGUCAUUAUUUGAAGAAUUUAAUCUUGUCAUUCAUUGUUAGAUGGUAAAGGUGAAGCAGGACAGUCUCUAUUCACCCUUCACACCAUAACUGUUAACUGUGAAUUCAACACCUGCUCAUGUUAUUAGUGAUGAAUAUGUGAAUGCAAUAACUAACAUCCUCCCCCCUCUUUCCAGAGAAAAUGCUUUAGAAAUCAGACUUUCAGUUUCUUACAACAAUGAAGAUCAAGUUCUUGAACUCAAAUUAUAACUUGCUCGCAGUUUUACCUUUGUAUAGCUUGCGGGACUAUUUUAAUAUCUUUUUGUCUAUUUCCCACAUAAUCAGAGAACCUGCUUUCAAUAAACAAUUUCGUAACUUAUGCAGUGUAGUUUAACAUGUAGCUGCACUGCACUGCUGUGGCUUAAUUUUUUCACGUGUGUCUUAACAGUAGCAGUUCACCUGCUUAUACUUACACUUUACACUGAGAUUGCUGUUGCUCUGUCAGGUACUGACCAAUACACUUCGUUUGAAUAGUUUAGCGUUAAUGUAAGUUUGCUUUGUACAGAAAUGGUAUUUUGCAGUAAAUACCACAUUUCAUGUUAAAAAUAAAUUUAAUACAAUAUACGAAAAUUUAAACCAUUUUUGUCUUAUGCAUCCAUAGUACAAACUUAAUUUCAUUUUCUUAUUAUAAUUACCAUGCUUAUUUCAAAGGUAGUGAAAAAAGCGCUUUCCUCUCACAGAUAAUAAUUAUUUAUUCUUUGUUAUUAUUGUUGUUGUUGAAUUUGUUGUUACUGCUGCAGUUCCUUUUUACAAACCAACAAAUAACUUAUCUGUUCAUGAUGUUAAACUAUCAAAUGUGUUAACAUUUAUUUAUUAUAUGUUUGAAGUGUAACACAAUAUUUUAUUUAGUUAGUGUUGGGUUUUUAAUACAUUUGUCUGACAGAGAAUAAUGAACAGAGAAUAAUAUGUUCUUUAAGAAUCCACAGUAGAGUAUGAAUAUUUUAAGAAUGAAAAAAUAUAAGCUCUCUCCAAAUGUGGCAUUAAUGUUUAUUCAUUUAUAGGUGGAAUCCAAUGACUGAGACUGCACAAAAAUUUGUUUUAUUAUAGUAUGCUGCAAAAUUUGAAUUUGUACAGAAUUUUUCAAUAUUUUAAUCAGUAUGUGUUAUAAAUGAUGCUUGAGAUACUAAACAUUAGCUGCACAUUUAUGGUACAUUUAUGUCUGACUACGGCUGUUGAUGUUUCUGUUCAAAUAACCCAAUAUUGCCUAGUAAGUAAUUUUAAUUGGUGAAAGUUUAGAAUAAUUUAAUUGAUUCCUAAAGACUGCGGACAAAAUCCAAAUUGUUACUUCUUGGAUGUGUAAAGUGGUAUGUAAUGCGUCACACUGAAUGUUGUCCUAUGAAAAUCAGCCUCUUUUCAGGUGAGAUUCUCAAUGAUGUUUGUGGGUGUUUUGUUCUGUGAUGACUGAACAGCACUAAAAUUAUCAUACUUGUUCACCAGUUCAGUAGACGAGUAUACUUUACCCUUUUACCAGAGUUGCAUAAAUAAAAAUAUUCAUUUUCAUGCUUUUGUUUGUAUUGUUACAUUUGUAUAAGAUGUUAUCACUUUUUGUAUUUAUAAGAGAAGAAGAGCCUGGAGUGAAAGUUUAAUGAAUAUUAAAGAUAAAAAUUAAAUACAAAUAAAUUUAAAUUAAAGUCAAAUUAAAGGUACAAAAGGGAAACUGUGAGCCUGUUGACCUGUUACCAACUAUUAACCCUAGUAGUGUACAUCCCUGAAAUUGUCACACGAAGUGUACAAUAUAUGCAAACUAACUUGACAUUCAGCAUGAUGGCUGAUGGGAGCAAACAUACAGGCAUUUCCCACUUACAGUUGCUCCCAUCAGCCACCACAAUAAGUGUCAACUUAGUCUGCAUCAUGGUCACAAUGACCAUCAGUUACUCGGUGGAGAAACUGACUGAAAAAUUGAAUAUAUUAUAACGAAACUGGACUCUCUUGUA